AUGGUGGCUGACCUACUGCCGACGGCCAAGUCAGAAGCAUUUCAUCUACUAGAUACACCUGCAGGCAUGGAACUAGAUGAUAUGGCACAUAAAAAGGUCACGCCGCUCUUCCUUGGUAGGCUUAUGCAUCAGAUAUGCUCCACGGAGAGAGAAUUCAUUUCCAGCCAAAUCGACAAAGAGGUAACGGAUAGGCUGCAGGUCAUUGUUACGAAUGGCUCUACAGUUACUACUCAAGUUGAAGCCCUUCAUCGAGUUGAAGCAACAGCACAAUUGCCUCUCAGGAGUCGGCGCGAAGAGACAACACAGAGUUCCAAUUCAACGCAAGAGUCUCAGAUUCCAGAGGUCGAUAAUGACGAUCCAGAUGACUCAGACUACCAUCCUACAAGCUCUGAAUCACGAUCAAGGUCACCCUCGGAUGCCCACACAGAUGAUGGAGAUGCUCAGUCUGAGGUUGCCGUUUCUGUAGCCUCUACUUCAGCUUUUUCAUUUAGCUCCUUCUCAAAGGACACAACGGUCGUAUGGAGACCUCCGAGUGAUCCUGAAACACCAAAGGCUGGAUCAAGUAGCAAGAAGGGAUCUGAAAGACCGGAUAUUCUUCAUGGACAGUCUUCGCAGCCAUCUGAGGACUCUGACGACGCGACGCCGAAGCCGACCACAGUGGGUCAUGGGAUUGAUUUCAAUUUUGCAUCUCCAAUUUCAGGCUCGCCUCUUGAGCGACUAGGAAAGAAUGCACUCGACGGGCCGCCAGUGUUCGCUGGUCGAUCGCCACCUGGUCAACCAAAGUGGCCACCGGGGCGAAAGUUUGUCUCACCAAAGACUCAAAGUUCUCCCAAGGCUCCCAUGCAUCGGGGUGACAUAAUUCCAUCCCCCCCCUGCAGAUCCCAAGGCGAAACUAUACAUUGA